CUGUCCUUAUAUCAGACUUGGUAAGCAUGCCUGCCGAGGAUUAUUUCCAGCAGCAGAACGAGAUGUGUAAGAAGCAUCAGAACCUAAAGUUGGCUCUCUUCUGCCGGAUUUGUUCGACUGCCGUCUGUUCAUUGUGUGCUCUUGUUUCCCACAGAGUUCACGAUAUACUACACCUCGAAGACGUCUAUCAAGCAAAGAAAGAUCAAAUCACAGCAGCUUUAGCUGAUUUAAAAACGUCGGAAGAGAAGUCAGAAGUGUACACACGCAGGCUUGCUAAACAGAAUAAAACUCUGGGUUACAUGAAGAAACGCCUUUUGCAAGAUAUUGAUUCUUCGUACGAAAACUGUAUCGCAAUGCUUUCCGAUACAAAAAAACAACUGAAAGAAGAUGUCAUUUCAAAUGUAGCGGAACAACAGGCUGACAGAAAUGAGCAAAUGGAGAUGGUCGUUCAAUGUAAUGACAGUAAAACCCAACAUUCUCUUUACUGUCAACAGGCUUUGUCGUACGUACAAGCUGUUCACUUUAUAGAAAUGUCUGAGGAUCUUGAGAAGGAAACCAGGAGGCUGGUAGAAAUACCUCAACUGCUGGAUAUGAAGAUAGAAGAGGUGAAAGUAGACCUAGGUACCUUUGAUCAAGUUUGCAAAAUCACAGAUAAAACUAAUGAUGGAAUUGUAUUUUACAGUAAAGACAAGGAUGAGGAUGUGAUGAAAAAAUCCUCUUCAGUGUUGAUGGUCAGGCUGGAUAUUACAGGACACUUCUUUUGCCGACCGUUGAGUUUGACGAGGACAGGUUAAAUUGUGAUAGAUGCAGCAUCACUGAUGACGGGCAACUGGUCAACGAAUUCUUAUUAUCUACACUUAGUAAAAAUGCACCCUCGCCUACAUCUAGUGUUGGAAAUCUAGUGCCAUCUACAUCUGGUGUUGAAGCUAUACCUUCAAAUGCAUCUAGCCUUGAAAGUCUAGUGUCAUCUACAUCUAGCGACGAAACCCCACCCAGACUAACGCGACUGUAUGGGACUACAUCUAAAACCUGUAUCUCCGGUCCUGGCUGUAGGUACUGGCAACUGGACAUCAACAACAAGGUUCUCGAAUCGGCAGAAAUUGGAUACGUUGCCGCACAAGCUGGUAUUUGUUUUGAAGACGAAUGCGACGAUGAGAUUCAGAUUACAGAUCAGAAAAAUUCUUGGUGCGUCAGCGUGAACAGUUGCGAGUUCCACAACAGGCAGUGUUUUAAGAUACACACCCGUUCUACUUGUGUGUACGACAGACCUGUGGCUAAUUUCGAACCUAACGCAGUACUGAAUCUGUCGGUAGGGUUUCUGUUGGACAGUGACAAAAAUACUCUACACAUCAUUGACGUCAACACCAACAAUUGCAAGCUUCUGCACUCCAUCACAGGUGUUGGUACAUCUAGAGCACUGAUACCGGUGUUUGGGGUGUACAACGACACCGAUUUUGAAGUCAAAUUGAAGUUAGUAUCGGAUAUAUAUGUGUCGAUGGAGAGUAAGCUACUGCAACAGCUAUCCUUGUUGAUGCAGCCAUAAAUGUUGACCCAUACCACGUCUAGUACGGAUAAUCAGGUCCGGGUACAUAGAGAGAGAGAGAGAGAGAGAGAGAGAGAGAGAGAGAGAGAGAGAGAGAGAGAGAGAGAGAGAGAGAGAGAGAGAGAGAGAGAGAGAGAGAGAGAGAGAGAGAGAGAGAGACUGAGAGAGAGAGAAGAGAUGGAGGGAGUGGGGAAAGGGGAAAAGGGCAUGAAUCAACGAUAGUUUCAGUCUUUCUCAUAAGCUUGCAUUCUAAUUACAUUUUAAGCAUAAAUCACAAAGUGAAUGUCAUCGAUGCUGGUUAUGCGUAAAAUCAAUGGCUGCUGCUGUUGAUGAUGUAUUGCAGAGCAAGAUAAGAAUCAUAAUGUUCAGAGACAGAAACUUUAUUCAAUUUCAAUUUAGAGAGAGAGACAGAGAGAGAGACUGAGACAGAGAGAGAGAGAGAGAGAGAGAGAGAGAGAGAGAGAGAGAGAGAGAGACUGAGAGGGGGAGGGAGGGGUGAGAGAGAGAGAGAGACAGAGAAACCCAGAGACACACAUUUGUAACAUUCAUUUUGUUGUGUUUUAAAACAUUUCGUACAGUUCCGCACCUAGGCAGUGAACAUUAAAUUGUUAAUAAUUAAACCUCUUAAUAAUGUAAUAAUGUUAAUGUCACUCGUAAAUAAAAAUAAACAGGUGUAUUGGCGGAAAUAGGCUCAUCUUUGUAAGACUGCCGAUUUUAUUUACAUUACUAUUCGAUAAAUUGAAGUUGGGCUAUUAUAAAUUAAAUGCUAGAUUUUGAUUUAAUUAUUGUUUUCAGAAUGGGUGGGGGGGGGGGUGUCAAUUUUUUUUUUUUUAAAUAUCUUUUCAGGACAUUGAAAAUAUCGCACAUUUAGCGAACCCCACCCCCCUAAAAAAAAAAACCACAAUAAAAAAACCACACACAAAAAAACUAUUACCAAUAAAACAAAUAAAUAAAAUAUUUUUAAAAUGGUGGCGGGACUUUAUCUUGUUGAAAAUCCAGGCUUUAUUUUAUAUUGACCCAAUCUUAAUUUUUUAUGACGUUAUUAUAACAUUAAUGAAUACUAUAUAUUUCGAGUGAAUGUACGACAAAUAUAACACCCUUCUAGUGAAAAAAUAUACCAUUAUUCAGAGGUGGAUCUAAGGGGGGGACCAGGGGCCCGCGCCCCCCCCCUUAAAUUUUGCGAGUUAUAAUUUUAUUAUAUAUUAAUUUUCAUCCCCUCCAAACCUCCCCCAAAGUUCCAUUAGCAUUCCGCCUCAUAUCAUCCCCCCCACCCCCACCCGCCAAAUGGAUUUUCUGGAUCCGCCACUGAUAAUAUACACGAGGAAUCACCUGUUAACAUUUCUAACAGGGUAGUGUGAAGCUUGAAUGUGUGUGUGUGUCGGUGGGUGCGUAGAUACGUGUCUAGGAAUAUGUUAAGUAAGAGGCACAUACUAUAAUCAGAGAGAGGGGGGGGGGGGGCACAAGUACAUUUUCUGGUUUAUGUAUAAUUACCAACAUUUGUUUUGAAGUAAUAUACAAGAUCGUCUGUAAUAAAAGAUUAAAAUUGGCCGUGACUGCCUGAAUUUAAGUCAUGAAUAAAAAUGAUUCAUUGUUUGAGAAAAGCUGUACAUACACCCACCCACUUCCCUUUUACGUUUUGUAAUGCAUCUUUUGAUCACUGUUACGAUUCCAUAACGGCUUAAAAUGUCUGACCGGCCUCGGUGGUGUCGUGGUUAAGCCAUCGGACUACAGGCUGGUAGGUAAAGGGUUCGCAGCCCGGUACCGACUCCAACCAAGAGCGAGUUCUUAAGGGUUCAAUGGGUAGGUGU